AUGUCGACUUCAAACGAAGCUACCAAUGUUGGCAUUGUCAGUAGAACUGAAACCUGCACCUGCUGCGGAAAGCUUAAGCCUAUUGCUGAAUUCACAAGAAUGAGUGGAAGUAGAAUAGCAGUCAAUACCUCAUGUAAUACCUGUUCUGAUCAAGAUAAGAGAUAUCGAGCAAAUAAAAAAGCUAAAUCAAUUAGUGAUAAAA